UUGGGGCUCCCCUAAACCUUUCCCACCCUCAGGAAUCCAAAUCCUUCGCCGUGGGGAUGUUUUUGGGGCGCCUGAACGUGGAGCAGGUGUUCCCUUAUCCCUCAGUCCUGACCCAAGAAGAAGAACAAACCCUGCAAGAACUCGUGACUCCCCUCACCCGCUUCUUUAAGGAAGUGAACAACCCCGCCAAAAACGACGCCCUGGAGAAGGUGGAGGACGAGACCAUGAAAGGGUUAAAGGAGUUGGGGGCGUUCGGGCUCCAGGUGCCCCCAGAAUUUGGGGGUUUGGGUCUCAACAACACCCAGGUGAGGUUGGGGGACCCCAAAAUCGUCUCCCAGUAAAUCCCAGUUUGGCCCAGUUUGUCCCAGUUCCAAAAAAUUCGCCCCAAAUCUUCAAAAAUUUCCCUCAAAUUCGCCCAAAAUCCCCCCAGGAUUCACCAAAUUCCCCCC